UAAUAAAUCUACCUUUUCUCACCAUUUGUUUUUCAUACUUUCUUUUCCCUGUUCUUUAACGAAAUGUCCUUUUUAGCAGGUGGAAGUGCUGACUGCGGCCCUGUCAACCCCAUGUCAGGGUUAUUAAAACAGUUUCAGCAAGAUAGAUCUCUUCAACAAGAUAGAUUUGCUCCUGAACAACGUGGUGAAAGUUCAAAGGCAGGGUUUCGUACUCAAAGCUCGAUGAACAGAGCAGUUCCAGAUAAUAGACAAGUACGAUCAUUAUAUUGAAAGAAAUAGUAACAUAUCUAAAACCAUCCUAUAGUUUACUGAAGAGUUCUUUAAAGA